UCGCGACAUUGCGUUCAGAACAUGCCGGGGCAAUUCUCAUUCCAGAACCCACCACCUCCGGUAUGAAGCCCUUCCUGAGUGCCGCGCUCGCCGCCGCCUUCAUCGCGGCAGUCGACGGCCUAAAGCUCACAGGAGUCUUGUACCAAAGGUACGAGAACGAUGAGUUACCGUUGGUGUUUUCGUCGUCGACGAACAACAACCUCCCUAUUUCGUACGCGCCUGGUGCGACUGCCGCACCAACCCCAGCUCCAUCGACUUCUGCGGCCGCACCAGCCACUACCUCGGUUUCUUCGUCUACCAACGCGCCCUCCAGCACCGGUGCAUCUUCUUCUACAUCGACUCCUGCGUCCACGUCUGCUCCUGUGUCCACGUCAGCUUCUGCGUCCACGUCAGCACCUGCACCCACGUCACCGUCCAGCAAUGGAAUUCAAAGUGAUGUCGCGACCAAGAAGCAGCCGGUCGAUCUGUUUGCGAUUCUGCGUCAACAAGCCAAGGAAGCGCAAGAUCAAAACGCCAACACUGGUACGGACAACUCGCUUCGCAACCUCGACGCAUUCGACACGAUCGUCGUGAUCGACGAUGACGCGCGACCGUCAACGGGUGGCGGCCGCCGUCUCGCGGAAAGCGACGCCGCCGCGGUGAGCCUCCUUAUGUGUAACGCCAAGGCGAACAGCAUUGUGUCAUACAAGUCGGCCAAGUCCCAAACCACGACCACCACCACAACUGAGAGCGGCUCCAAGAUCCCCGACGCCGAAGGCAAGUGCUACGACUACACAGUCAAGGUUGAAACCGUGUCGGUCACGGCGGGGUGCAACGAGCAGAACGUUGGCCCCAACGGCUGCGACAACAUCUAUUACCCUGGCUGUGGUGGGUUGAGUGUCGACCCCAAGACGAAGCAGGUAUUCGUGGCCCGCACCGGUGGUCGCACCAUUGGCCAGAUCAACUACGUCGGCCAAGAGGGCGGCGAAUGCAAUGGCCGUGUCCUCGACUGGCUCAUUCGGUACCGCGGUCGCAAGUUCAACGGUCCGACCGACAUCACGUUCACCCAGAACGGCAACCUGUACUUCACCGAUAGUCCGUUCGCCCUCGCGUCGUCAGCAGAAGAACUGCUUUCGACCAACUUGACCGUGCUCGACUCGAAGCGCGAACUACCGUUCAACGGCAUCUUCCUUCGAACGAGCUCGACGACCGAGAUUCUCGAUGCGAACUUGACCCGUCCUCGCGGCAUUGCGUUCUCGCCGGAAGAAGAUGUGCUGUACGCCAACAACGCCGACGCCCUCGCUCCGUACGUAAAGGCGUACAAACUGCUCCCCAAUGGUACCAUCGAGUGCGCGCGGCGCUUCUUCGAUUUCUCCAACAACACGUACAACGUCGACGGGACCUCGACGAUCGCGAAUGUUACAUGUCUUCGCAAAUUCCCUUCCUCGAUCAAGGUGGACGCCGAAGGGUUUGUGUACGUGGCGAUGUGCAACAACAUUUACGUCUUCGACGCCGCGGGUGUGCUGCUUGGUCGUUUGGAGGCGGAUGCAGAAGUCCACACCCUCACUUUUGGCAAGGGCAUCAUCUACGUGUCGUCGCAGAACAGCGUGUUCGCCCUUCGCGUGGAUCCGGAGUUCGACAACUCGCAAGCGACCGUCCCAAACACCCAGAAUUCGUGUGCUGCCCCCGCCACAUCGCUGUCGUCCAGCCAAUCCAAGUCGGCGUCCAGCAUGCCGUACGUCGGCGGUGCCCUUGCAGUCGCCGCUGUCGCAGCUCUCGCAAUCUUCGCCACCAAGAAGACGUUGAAGGAUUCGUCUUUACAUGGGUUUUCCACCAUGGUCGUCACCCCGCCUUCCUCGACCGUCAAGAGCCAUUGUUUCUAAACACGAUUGUCUCUUUCUGGACCAUGCUUUGUCGCGUUGCCCCAGCCACCCGUGUCGAACACACGCCACGACGUAGCAUCGACAGUCCCUUCGCAUGCGAGGAAACCAAAAGUUACGUUUGAUUCACAACGAAUGGGGCUCACAACGUGAUGCGCGCGCCUUCCAUGAACUCGGCCGAGUCACCAAAGCCGCCCUCAAGUGGACAGCACAGGCGACGGUGUCCGCGGAGGACUCCAAGAGUACGCCGCGCUUGGGAAAACGUGUCCCUGACUACGAAUGUGAUUUGCUACGGCGGGCAUUGGAGG